UUAGGUUGGUGAGCAACAGAUGGCAGCACACGCUGCUCUCACGUCUCUAUACUCAUUAAUUUUAUGAUUAUGUUGUUUAUAUAUAAGAUUUUACAUUUAUUAUUACGCUAUUUGUAUUUAAUUAAUCCAGUAGGUGAAACCGGCGCUGAAAUCAGCAAAAAUUACUGAUUAUAGUAAGUUUACAGGUAUAAUUUAUGGGGCUGGAAUUUAAUUAUUAGUUUUGUUUAUAUGCUUGCAAUUAUUGUGGUUGGUCGGCGCAUGCGCGGCGACGCAACCGUUGUCAGCAACAAAUUUAUUAUAUUAUUACUGAAAUUUAUAAUUAUUUCAUAUGCACUACUAAUGAUUUAUCCAUUUAAAUUAUUGUUAAUUAAUAAUACAUAAAGUAAUUGGGCAUUGGACGUUGGGAAUUGGCAAGGCUACACAAUUGACAUCGGGUACGUCAGCGUUGGUAGUAUUUGAAAGUAACAGGCGACAGAGAUACUACUCCAAUGGGUUAAAAUGAGAUGCACAUAUGAAAUAUGGCCGGUCGAGGUGCCGGCAUGAAAAUCACGUGCUGCCAUGGGCAGACGUGGAUAAUCAUUUGUUCGAGCAGGGUGUGCUGUUGCGUGCGUAAACAUUUUAAGUGGUUUUGUUGCUGCAUAUAUAUACGUAUAUUGUUGGCUAAAUUGAGCUGAUUUGUUUUUUAUUCAUAUUAACACUCACGAUGGAGCCUAUUCGCUACUUGUACUACGACGAUGACUACUUGAUGUGUGUCAGGAACUGGGUCCACUACGGGGUGGCAGCCCCAGUAUUGACUGCGGACCAAAAGGAAGCUGGUCGUAAGCGUAUGAGAGAGGAGUGGCAGGCCGAGCGAGAGCGCGAGAGCCAACCAGGGACGGCCGAAUGGAGGUCGGUCGUAGAAGAGAUGUUCUUCAAUAAGGUGAAGGCGUGGAAAAUCCAGUGGGCGGCCCGGGUGGUGCAGCCAGGUUGUGGACGAUGUGGGAAUUGGGCCCAUGUGGCGCGAGAGUGCACAGGUUUGCCAAGGGAGUGGAAGCCGUUUUGCGACGAAUGUGUCGCAUUUUUCGACACCGACACUUGUCAGGGGCCACAUGGACGCGCCCGAGUAGCUGUGCGAGGGCGUUGCAUGAUCUGCUGCAACGUACGGAUCCGCACUACGCCACAAACACCCCAGCGGACCGCUCGUUGUCCGGAGUGUAACCGCACUGGAUCUGAACAACUGUGGGCGUUACCAACUGUUCCAAAAUUCACUUGGGAUCCGGAAGUGCUCCGGCAAUACUCCUUAAACUAACCAUUGGGGUGGUUACGUUAUUGGCUUUUGCUGGGUUUACAUAUUUAUCUAUUUUGCGAUUUUGUGUUUUGUUUAUUGUUUGUUUGAUCGUGUCGGUAGGCGGCCAAGUACAAUUUUAAUCAUUGUUUGUUUUGUAUUCGGUUUUCAGUAAAAUUAAACGCCACACACCCAAUAGCCCUGCAUUAUACUCAUUCAACUACCUUUCCUAUACCUAAACGUAGCAAGAAGGUAAGUGAUGAACGACACUAAUCAACACGCCAGUGGAUGUAGAGACUGCUGUUGUCUCGGCCAGAGGUCUUGCAGAGGGCUAAGACCGGCCUGGUGGGGGGGUGUCACGAUAUUUAAAUAUCGUGGCAGUCUCACAUUAGGUUGGUGAGCAACAGAUGGCAGCACACGCUGCUCUCACGUCUCUAUACUCAUUAAUUUUAUGAUUAUGUUGUUUAUAUAUAAGAUUUUACAUUUAUUAUUACGCUAUUUGUAUUUAAUUAAUCCAGUAGGUGAAACCGGCGCUGAAAUCAGCAAAAAUUACUGAUUAUAGUAAGUUUACAGGUAUAAUUUAUGGGGCUGGAAUUUAAUUAUUAGUUUUGUUUAUAUGCUUGCAAUUAUUGUGGUUGGUCGGCGCAUGCGCGGCGACGCAACCGUUGUCAGCAACAAAUUUAUUAUAUUAUUACUGAAAUUUAUAAUUAUUUCAUAUGCACUACUAAUGAUUUAUCCAUUUAAAUUAUUGUUAAUUAAUAAUACAUAAAGUAAUUGGGCAUUGGACGUUGGGAAUUGGCAAGGCUACACAAUUGACAUCGGGUACGUCAGCGUUGGUAGUAUUUGAAAGUAACAGGCGACAGAGAUACUACUCCAAUGGGUUAAAAUGAGAUGCACAUAUGAAAUAUGGCCGGUCGAGGUGCCGGCAUGAAAAUCACGUGCUGCCAUGGGCAGACGUGGAUAAUCAUUUGUUCGAGCAGGGUGUGCUGUUGCGUGCGUAAACAUUUUAAGUGGUACUGUUGCUGCAUAUAUAUACGUAUAUUGUUGGCUAAAUUGAGCUGAUUUGUUUUUUAUUCAUAUUAACACUCACGAUGGAGCCUAUUCGCUACUUGUACUACGACGAUGACUGUAAGUACCUUUGGUAAAUUCAUUGGCGUGUAGCUUUGCAUUCCCGCGUUGGUGGCCAUUUGCAAGCGUGGGAAUUUCACGUAUUUGAUAGUGUAUUAGUGUGGUAUUAUUGAGUUGUGAUUGCAAGCAUAUGAAUAAAAUUGGUAAUAAUCGCGCCCAGUGGAUGAUUUAAUUUAAUCACAGUUAUUUUAUUAUUUAAAUAGCGACUAUUGGUUGUGAGAAAAAUAUUUUUGUUGAUAUUAUUAGUUUACGUCACGUGAUUACCAUCAUAUGCGACCGGGCUGCGAUAGUCUAAUAUAUGUAUAUAUAUAUAUAUACAGUACACAACGCUGAGUUGUAAUAUUUGAGUUAUAAAUUGUAGUAUGUUGGGUAUUAUUUAUAACUGAGUAUUGAUAAAAUUUAUGAGAUAUUACUAAUUUGAGUUAAUAAAUAUUAUUAAUUUGCGUAUCAACCACUAAUAAGUUGAAUUGGAAAUUGUUAGUAUCUGAGUAUUAAUUAUACAAUUUUCAUUGAGUUGAAUUGAAUUAUUAAUUAUUAUUUAGUUGAAUAUUGGUUAAGAAGU